AAAAAAUGUGUAAUUCAUAUUCAUAAGUAUUUUUAUUAAAUUUUUGAUGUAGCCUGAGUUAAUCACUUCUUGUGUAAUAUGCAUUUUGAUUAAAUGAUGGUUAAAAGCUGCAUGUCAUUUCGAUUAUUUUGGUUAUGAAUGUUGAAUUGUUGGUCUAGUCUCCUGAAAGCAGCCAUGUGUGGAGAAACUCCCAAGACAGCUUAAUGCAUCUAUUGCUAUCAGUAGAUUUCCUACAGAAGAGGCUUGUAGAAUUUCUUUGUGAGAAGUUAGUUGAGCUUGUAUGUUCCAAUGAAAGGGAAGCAGAAUCUGCGAACUAUCCUUGGACGCAAAUGAUUUUACGACAGUUCAAGUUUUUGGAUCAUAUAGUUGACCCGGACGCAUUUUUGUCUAUGCUAUUUGAUGUUUUAUCUUCUGUUCCUGUAAGUUCAAUUAGAACUGUUAUUGUGAUUAAGGACUGAUUAAAAAUUAAAUAUAUGUAUGUAUUGACAGAUAAAGA